AGACUAAUGAAUGAAUUGAAUCACUCCAUGGUGUCAGAGUUUGUGUUCCUGGGAAUCUCCAGCUCUUGGGCCAUACAACUUGGCCUUCUGCUGUUCUCCACCUUUUUCUAUAUGGUUAUCGUGCUGGGAAACGUCUUUAUUGUUCUCACAGUGAGCACUGAUGGUCACCUACAUUCUCCAAUGUAUUUGUUAUUAGCAAACCUCUCCUUUAUUGACUUGUGUCUCUCCACUGUUGCAGUUCCCAAGAUGAUUUCUGACCUCUUAUAUGAGCACAAAGUCAUAUCAUUCCAGGGUUGUAUCACCCAGAUAUUUUUCAUUCAUUUCAUGGGAGGAACUGAGAUGGUGUUGCUCAUUUCCAUGGCCUUUGACAGAUAUGUUGCCAUAUGUAAGCCUCUUCACUAUUUGACCAUUAUGAACCCCAAAAUGUGUAUUUUUCUUCAGGUGUCUUCUUGGGCCAUUGGCCUCAUACACUCAUUCACCCAGCUGGCUUUUGUGGCAAACUUGCCUUUCUGUGGUCCUAAUGAAAUCGACAGUUUUUAUUGUGAUCUUCCUCGGUUCAUCAAAUUGGCCUGCAUAGAUACAUAUAAGUUGGAGUUCAUUGUCACUGCUAACAGUGGUUUCAUCUCCAUUGGUACCAUAUGUCUCCUGUUUAUCUCCUACAUUUACAUCCUGGUCACUGUUCAGAAGCACUCCUCUAGUGGAUUGUCCAAGGCACUCUCUACUCUGUCAGCUCACAUCAGUGUGGUGGUCUUAUUCUUUGGCCCAUGUAUCUUUUUUUAUGUUUGGCCAUUCCCUACAAUGCCAGUGGAUAAAUUUCUGGCUAUUAUUGAUUUCAUCAUCACCCCUGUCUUAAAUCCAUCCAUAUAUACAUUCAGAAACAAAGACAUGAAGGCAGCACUGAAGAGACUGAGUAGCAAAUUAGUGAAUUUUAGGAAAACUUUAUAA